UCAGUCCUUAAUAUACCGUCCAUGUCGUCCAACAAACGCCAACUCGAAGAGAACAACCACAACACCACAACAGCCUCAUCAUCAUCGCCUUCCUUCCCUGGCGGCGAAGCAGCGAUCCAAACCGCGCACGUUAGCAUCGGAGCACUCACUCAUCAAGGGAGAAAGGAUAAAACUAAAGCAGCGUACGAGCCCAGACAGAGAGAGUACAUUCGUUGGGCGCAAUGGGUCAAGCUUCCUGAUGGCGAGAAGGCAACUCCUGCCGGUUGCGCUGCGUUCCUCUGGUAUCGAAUCGUUACAGCCGCUAAAGGCGAACUAGGCAUGAAAGGCCUCGAACGAGCAAUAAACGAGUCACUCAGAGAAGCAAGAGAAGCGUCAUUAGAAGUUGAUAAUGUAUCGGAUGCUGAACGACAUAACUCACGUGGAAAAAAGCGGAAAGCUACAUCGGCAAACAGCUCGGCAUCGGCGAAGCAGAGGAACAAGAGGACGUCUACCGAAGAAAAUGCAGUGGUCGAUGCGGAGCAAGGCAGGGAUGAGGAUGAGCGCUCGGAUGCAGACGCACAUGAUGACGAGAACGAAGAGAGAGUCGAACACGAGGACACCGGAGAGGCCGAAGAAGCUUGCGACAGUUUCCAUAUUGUCGAGGAAAACUAUCCCUCCAAACAUGGGGGAAGCGUCUCAGUGCGCGAAUCUACACGAGGAAUACAACGACCUUCCUUGGCUGAGUGUACAGCCAAAUUAACGAAGAAGGAAAUUGAAGCCCUGAACGAUUCGUUCAAGCUUGCUCAUCCUUCGAUUCAAGACAAUCAGCUCGGCGAAAUGGCCAUGAGAGCUGUUUAUACCAGUAGCGCCAGCUGUUCCACAGUCAAAAUCUACAUCAACGCACUUAUUGCCCUGUGGAGAUUGCAAGAUGGCAAAGAUGAAGCCGACAAUCCGCUGCGAGCAUGCAAGCCAAUACUGGACGCUUUCAGAAAGCUAAAAUUCAAAAAGGCGCGUGAUGAAUAUGUCGAUAAGGGUAUUGAUCUGUACUACAACUCAUAUGUAACAAUUGAAAAUCUUCAGCAGCUCGCACAUCAUUAUCUCAGCAGAAACAGUUUCGAAGGUAUCAGAGACGGGUGCGCGCAGUUCAUGGGCAUUGCUGGCUUGUUUCGCAGUGAUGAGCAGCUUUCGCUCCAGCUAUCUGAUCUGUACUCUCGGACAUUUCAUAAGCAAGGUCCGACACCAUGUGAAGCGCUGGUUGUCUCAGUGCGGCAAGGGAAAACAAAUACCCAUGGAAAGGCAGAAGAUGCUACCAUGAUGAGAAACGCAGAUCCUUUACUUUGCCCUCUUGCGUGGUUGAACUUGUUCUUUUUUUGUCGCUUCCAUCAUAAACCCGCAGUCUACCCCGACACAAAUCCUCCGACCAGCUUCCCUUCCCUUCAACGGAGGGAGCAUUGGUAUGAUCUACCUUUGCUUUCCUAUGCCUCCGAUCCAACUAAAGCCAUCGGAUAUGGAACUCAACGGGAAGCGGUAAAGGCAGCAAUUGAUUUUGCCGGGAUCAAAACCACCAAGGUCACUCACAUUUCUCGAAGAACUGGGGCUCAGCUGGCUGAGAUUAAUGGUGCCGAUGAGGAUGCUAUCAAGAGAGCCGGUCGCUGGUCUAGUGGCGUUGUUGAGUCUUCCUACUUGACGAAGUUCCCAAUGGCAGCCAUCCGAGCUAUUGCUGGUUGGAAUCCCCAGGGGGGAGACUUCUACUUAGCCAGGUAUGUUGAAGUACCAGAAUCGCUUCAAAAGAAGCUGUAUCCAUGGGUCGAUCAAUGGAUUGAAGAGCUGGAAAAGAGACCUGUCAAUCUCAAGAGUCGGGGUCCUAGCCACAAUUUGAAAGACGAAGAUCAGAGUGAUAUGGCCGGUCUUGCAUUCUGUUAUAUGAUGCGGACCCUCCGUAAGCUUUUUUGGCAAGAUAUCGUCUAUUAUCGUGCGGCCUUCCCUAAAUUAUUUCUUUGGAAUGAUGUUAUCUUCGAAGGGCAAGAUUUCUUGGAAUUUGAGUCGCGGAGUCUUGUCUCCUCUCGCCCUGAGGUGGAAUUCGGACUGGAAGUCCAACGUAUUCUUCCAGUCCUUUGCGGCCAGCUGACAGGCGCACAUGCCGCUUUACGGCGUCUGUUUUUAGAGGCACUUACACGCCUCGACAGCUCGGCAGUAAAGCUGGAUACGCUGCUACGUCAAGUGUCGGAUCUGCAAGCAGUUAACAGCUGCAUUUUCGAACGGCUGAACAAGCCGGAUGUCCGUCGCCGCUAUCUUGCUGAUACAGCUUUUCCCGGGCAUACACCCAUGGCUCAACUGGUUGACCAUCUCCUUCAGCGCCCUGAUCACCUCGUCCGCCUCCUACAAGAGGAUGAUCUACGCGCUGCCAUACAGCAUCCGUCACAUCUCCUCGCCUUGCUGGAACAACUAUACCCUGGUGUCGUCCCUUCCCGUACAUCGCUGAGUCGGGGUCGUUCCACUACUACGCAAUGGCAACAAUUGGGUCUAGAUACGACUCCCACACACAUGGUUAACCCCACCUCUCCGCAUCCUCAUUUGCCCCCCCAGCUUACUCCUCACUUGUACUUCCAGCCCACUCCGCACAUGCCCACUCAGCCCAUGCGUCCCCAGCUAACUCCACACACGCCCCCUCAGCCCGUGGCCCAUCGGUUCACUUCUCACAUGCCUUCUCAGCCACCCUAUCAAGCACCUCCAAGUUCGUCAUUCGUUGCGAGCGCCCCUACUCACUUUCUCCCUGAUCCUUUUGCUACGUCGCCCUUUGCGUCAGCCCCUCGGUUGUCUUCCGUUCCCAGGUACAUUGAACCUUACAGAUAUAUCAAAGUCGAAAGGGUUGAUGCGCUCUGGAUACAAUACGAAAGGGGGCUGGGGGGAUAUAUGCCUGCUUUGCAGGCAUUUGAAAACAGGAAUGUGGUAAAGACGGGUGCAGACAUGAAAUGUUUCCAAAGGCGUCGCCCGAUCUACCGGGCUAUAGUUGACCUCAGCAAGAGGAUGAAUAUCCCUUGCUUGGAGGCAGCGAUCAAGCUUGAAGGUUAUCGAGUGUCGAGGAACUUACAUAUCCAUUCAUUCGCUCAACAUACAAGCAACGCUGUGGAGGAGCUUGCAACGUAGGGUUCAUGAGAGGAUGAUAGGCAAUAAGAAGGAUUGUGUUGAGCCACCAUGUCUGCUUGCCUCCUUUGUUUAUUUUGUGGUUACCUGUCCUCGUCGUUAUUUCUCCAUUAUUGAAUGGUGUCUUCCCGUUCUUUUUAUUGAUUGGUGUCUUCCUGGUUCUUGGGUUUCUGGUUGUUGUGUAACCAUUACUUGGUUCACAUGUAGCGAUAGUAGCAACGUCUUAAUCUUGUUGUAGAAAACAUGCAUUCCG